GUAACCCUCAGCCCCUCGGCAGGUCUUGUCAAGCUUUAAUAAUAAGCUUACUUUUCCAUGUUCCCCUAUUCGGAUCUUUGUUUGUGGCACACAGUAGUGGGCUCAUAGCAACUAUAUUCUCGUUAGUGGUGUGCUAAAGGCGUUGCUGGGUCGACCAUGUUGUGAUAAAACCUGCAAAGUUGGUUUGGUGUUUAUUUUGGUUUACAGUAGUUUUUUCGGUUGUGUAGUGCUGAAGUAUUAGUUGAGUAGCGCCAGUGAGCUUUUGGUUGCUGUGAAGUAAGGAGUAUCAACAGUCGUCAAUGCGAAUGCCGCUCUCAGCCAUGGACGCGGAGCCGGACCUCAGCACGUUCGAGAACAAGUCGGGGCUGGCCGAGGACAUGAAGUUCCUGGCCUCGAUGCCCGAGCUGUGUGACGUCACGUUCCUAGUGGGCGACACCAGGGAGCCCGUGUGUGCGGUGAAAGCUGUGCUGGCUGCGCGGAGCAGGGUGUUCCAAAAACUGCUUUACCAAGCCCCCAGUCCCCAACGCAAGAAGGAGCCAGCGCCGCGGGAGAACAAACUGCGCUUGUUUCUGAAGAGAAGCUCCGAACCGCUUCUAAAUCUACAAAAUGCGGCACAGCAGAGAUCAUCUUUCGCGCAGCAAUUGGCUCCAAUACAAGAGCCAAAUUCGCAGCAGCACCAGACGCUGAUCAUUGAAGAGUUUGAGCCGGAUGUGUUCCGUCAGCUGAUCGAGUACAUCCACACUGGGUGCGUCACCCUGCAGCCCCGGACACUGCUGGGCGUAAUGAACGCAGCAGACUACUACGGGCUGGACGAGCUGCGCCGAGCGUGCGCCGGCUUCGUGCAGUGCUGCAUCACGGUGGACACGGUGUGCGCGCUGCUCGCCUCCGCCGAGCGCUACAUACAGUACAAGUGCACCAAGAGCCUUGUGCAGAAGGUGUUGGAGUACGUGGACGAGCACGGCAACGAGGUUCUCAACCUGGGCUCGUUCACGCUGCUGCCCCAGCACGUGGUCAGACUCAUCCUGGCUAGAGAGGAGCUGAAGGCUGACGAGUUCACUAAGUUUCAGGCCGCCCUAAUGUGGGGAAAGAAGUGUUGUGAUACGAACCCGAAUGAGAACAUAAAGGAGGUGAUGGCGAACUUUCUGGAGUUCAUCCAAUUCCACAAGAUCCCGGCUAAUGUGCUGAUGAGGGAGGUGCAUCCCUUGGGCCUGGUCCCGUACUCCAUCAUCAUGAACGCUCUGGCUUAUCAGGCAGACCCGGCCAGCGUAGAUCCUGGGAAGCUAUCUCCAGCCCGGGUGCGGCGCGGGGGCCGGUCCAUGUCUGUGCAGUCUUCUCUCGACCCCUACGGGUCCAACACCACUCUCUCUUCCACCGGGUCCAGCGAUGUCCCGUCGUCCGACUCCCGGCACAACUAACGCGAGGGGAACCCCCCCCGUCCCGCACCAGAUCCUGUCCCCGGCCCCUCCACCGCCCCCACCGGACCAGCCCCCGCCGCGGCUCCCAUUCCAUCCCCGUCAGCCCCCGACAAACCUACAGAGAAACUUGGCCUGUUUUCCUCAAUCAAACGAGCCGCCAGCAAAAAGUUCGGCGACCGCCGCUCUCCGACCCCGAAGACGAAUCGAAGAGUCGAGUCGCGGUCCAAGUCGGACUCAAUCAAGCACGCAGCGCUCACGCGACAAGUUUCCGAGACCGUUGGAGUUGGAGACACUACAUUCGAACGCUGCAGGCCGAGAAAAAGAGAUAGUGAAACAGAAUUUCCUGUACGAAAAUCUACAUCCGAGAUUUCAGACACAUUCCCCUUCGUUAGACGCGCUUUGGCUGAGAUAGAGAAUGGCUUGAACUAUUUUAGGCGUUCUAUUGCUUCUGAUGUUCUAUUGAGCGAGCUUCGGGCGCCUUUAGCUCGGCCUGACCCUGUCGUAGUGGUAGCGCCUUCAGAGGAUGACGAGGAGCCGAUACAGACGCCUCCUCCGAUGGGUUUGAAAGAGCGUCGUGGAUCGCGAGGCUCGCCGUGCGCGAACCUGCCGCCUCUGAUGUUGCCGCAGGAUAUUCUGGAGCCGUCGCCCGGGCGCUUGUCUCCGUCUCCGAGUCGCCUGUCUCCGCUGAUGGCUCGCGAGCCGGCUUCGGCACCAGUGGCUCGUGACGUCACCCGUGAAGUGCCUCGCCGCACGCGCACGCGCUCCGAGGUGCCUCCCGACCCGCCGCCGCGGUCUCCGCAGACGCCGCGACCAGCCUCAGUUUCUCCAAAGCAUACCUUCGCUUUCAAAAUAGUGCUCAAGAAGGUAGAGAGUACGCCGACAACGUCAUUCGAUCGUCCCGACCAAUGAGAGUACCUCCUCUAAGCGCGGCCGCGGACGGCGGCAGGGGUACUCGAGGCAACGCGCUCUCUCCAUCAUAGAACAGCUAGCAUAGAUUAGUUAGCGACAAUUGUCACGAAAGUUCAGAACUGGAAUGAUCCAAAUUAUACGCUUUGGGAAUUGAGGCUGGUCCUCUGGAUUGAUGUAUGUCAUAUUAAUAUGUGUAUGUCUGUGUCGUUCAAUGUUAUUGUACGUAUAAUAUUGACGAUUUUGGAGAAAUUUCAUUGAAUGUUAACUAAGUAUCGUUGUAUGUUAAAGUUAUUACUGAUCUAUUGAUCAGUUCUACUAUCUAUACCAAUGUGAAGCAGGUCGACAGAUUUUUCUACUCUUCUACCCAGUUUCUGAAAGUAUCCUAUCAUCGCUAGGUUAACGUUACAAUCUUUAUCAAGAAACUGAAUUAGGUAGGUAGUUUUGAAGAUAAUUUCAGAAGCUGAUAGUAGGACUUGUAUCUUCUAUAUUUUUCUACUAAUGAGGUAGAAUAACACAUACAGGUAUGUAGUAAAGAAAAGUAUAUCUAUGAAAAGUAUGACAUCAGUAUUAGGGUCCAUAUUCUAAAGAUGGUCAAGAGUGAUGGCAUAAAUUAUAAUAUUCUGUAUCAAAAUAUCAAAUAUAUAUGUACUUUACCUAAAUUACGCUUACCUAUCUACAUGCUACACCAUAAGGUUCUUGAAAAUAAUAUCAUAAUUAUAACAUUGUCUAACAAUACCGUAUAAAUUUUAUACAAGCACACUGAAGUUGUCUAUGUGUAUUUUCGAUGUUAUACAAUGUUAGGCGUAAAAGUAUUUUUAUAAUAAUAUUACUUAACAAUAAAAAGAUCAAAGAUUAUAUAGCUUCAAUGUUCUUGGUCAAACACAGUCUAUAUGUUGAAGUCACAGUUCAUUUUGUUUAAUCGUAACAUUAAAUUUGUUAUAGACAUUUAGCCGUUCUUAAUAAACAGAAUUAAUAAUGACCACUACUACUUUUCCACGCAUGUUAAAACGAUAGCAAAUGUGAAAUCUGGCUAUUAUAAUGACUGUACUUCAAUGGAAAGUGUAUACUUUCAUUACAUGAUUUCGUAUGUCUGUUUGAUAGUUUGUAUAAAACUAUAAAAGUUUACCUUUUCUCGCAUAAAAACUGGCGCCUCUAGCGGAAACUAUCAUGAAACUUUGACCCGGACAAUGAUAGAUAAAGAUAUCAGAAGAAAACCUAAACUUUAUUUUUCGUGAAUUACAUAACUAGGAACUCUGCAGAUGAAUGCAGACUUCACUUGUUUCAAACUUCUCUCUACUCUACAACAUGGUGUCAAAGUAUGUAUAUAACAAUAAUGCAUCCUGCCGCCUCGGCACGGGUCUGUUAUCGACGACGUCGAUAAACUCGUUUUACGCGAGUUCAUCCAAUCACAGUGCCGUAUUUAAUAAAAAAACUGGAAUAGUGUGAUUUGUGUUUGUUAAAUAACUAAUCAAUGUCUGAUAGAUAUAAGGUGUAGAGGUAUUGUUGAUUGAACCCGACCCACAAUCGUUGUUGUAACGUCUGGAAUGAUUGUCUAUGUAGAGUGAUUAAAUUUGUGUGUUUACUAUACAUUUUACCUAUUAUUACCUAUCUAUUGUUUCAGCUCAAAUCUUACAAUUACCUUAUGUCUUAAAACUCUUAUGUGUUUGUAGUUUCAUGAUUCUUUAAAAAUGCACAAAUUAACUUAUCUGGCCCUAAAAGAAAUCGAUUUUUUACCAUGAAAUGCUUUAUAAACACAUUUAUAAUAAUAUAUAGAUGUUUGGACCCGCUUUUGAUUACAGUACCUACCUAUGUAUGUGUUGUCAAGGAAAAAAAGUGUUUUCUAUUAUAUAAAUAAAUGGUAAAUAAUAAUAUUAUUAUAAUGAAAUUGUGACGAGAGAAAUGAUUAAA